AUGUCGAUAUCUAUCCCCAAAUCGUUCAGCGCCAUCACAGAUACUUGGGCACCCCAUCUGGUCGCCAGUGUGAAUGGGCAACACAUCAAGAUUGCCAAGAUUGAUGGCUCAUUCGUCUUUCACUCGCAUCCUGAAUCCGAGGAAGUCUUUUACGUCUUGUCGGGCCGCCUGACCAUGAAAUUUGAGGACCGCGACGACAUCGUCAUGGAUACCGGCGACAUGUACGUUGUGCCCAAGGGUGUCCGCCACUGCCCGGUCGCAGACAAUGCACAAAUUAUGCUCGUCGAAGCUGCAGAUACGAUAAACACCGGCGAUGCCCCAGCAUCCGAGCGCACAAGAGCAGUCAACAACCGGUUUCACGGGAACUAG